AGUAGUCCAGAAAACUUUUGCUCUGAGUCCACUUCCAAACUGAUGGCAUAUUUGCAAUCAAAGGAUGAUGCAAUCUUUGUCCGUAUUGUUUAUUAAAACUCACUACAGGGGAUAGCAAGCAGUAACGAAAGAAACAUCUGAACUGCCUGGAGAUGAAGCCACAAAAUAAAUUCUAAAGACAGCAAUGUGUAAGUCACUCCAAGUGCAAUCAAGGAUGGAUUGAGUUAUUUGCCUACAAAGAUAAGAAAGACUGUAUUUCUUCCUGCAUCACAGGGCUAUGAAUGUCUGUUUUGGCUCUGAUCUUCCUAUGAAUCCCCGUGGAUUUGGCGCAGUUGGCGCAGGGCAGAGAAUCCCCUCAAUAUCUGGUUGCUGUCACUUGCUGAUAGGUAGCUGGAAUGGAAACAUCAGAUUUUAGGCAAGAAUUGGCUUGACAAAAAUGUCCUUUUCUGCAUUUCUGCUGCAGCCUGGAGCACAGCUUGGCUGGAAGCCACAGAUGAAAGGGAAGGGUAUGUCUCUCCAAACAACUCCCUGCCACUGCAGGCAGUGUUCUGUGGUACAUUGAUUGCUCCUGUUAAAAGUGGAUCAGUCCUGUCAGAAAUGAGUUCUCACAUUAAACCUUGGCCUUGUCAGGAGUGUGACAGAGCAUAAACUGACAAACAGAAACCUGUACAUGGUUUUAAUGAAUGAAGUUCAUUAGUGGAUUUUUGAGACUGGUAUCAGUCACUUAUGAUACAGUUUAAAGACACCCAAGAACACCCCAGUCCCCAUGCUUGCUGAACUGGGGCUGGCCUCCUGCUGGCUUAGGGACUGGUAUGCAGACAUGAUCUGGUGGCCUGUGAUGUGCAUGAGGCCAUUCUGGUAACACAACCUUUGGCCUUAAGCUCUAGAGGGCAACUCUAGCUGAACUGGUGACUUUGCUGAAAUCUGUGCUUCAAAAAGGCUGAUCUCACUAAGAAAAAAAACGUUUCACUUUAAAGCAGAUUAAAUACUACUGGACAUCUUUCGAUAUGAUAAAUACUUGCUCUUGGCAAGACCUUUGGUCACAAUAUCAAAUUUUAUAGAAUCAUUGAACUUCUGCAGAAUAAAAGACUGAAGAGAACUAGGAAUGGGAGGAAGAGAAAUUUUUAAGGUUUUUUUUAGUCUAACAAUAAGUAAUGAUUGGUGCAUUCUUUAAAUGUUAGAAAGAUUCAAUACUCAUGCAUAAUUUUAUUUACAAAUCAGUAAAAUGCACAAGGUUAUUUAGAAAAAAAAAAAAAGAAAGUCUAGUGGAGAAUUUGUGCUCAUGAAGACUGUUGAAUGAACCUCCUGGUACAAGGUUCAAUUGAUCUAGCCCAACUGACUCUAGCCAAAAAUAGUCAAAGUCUAAAAUUAGAGUAAAUUAUCAAACCCAUUCUUUUAAAAAAACAGGAACAAAGUAACCCACUGCUGUCCUCUAACAUUUUAUAUGAGGAACUACAACAGAAGUACCAACUGCAGAAGUAUUAAAGUGGAGGUCCUUAGAGGAGAGAGCUAGUGCUAAGCCAUGUUUCUAUCUUGGAAGACCAUGUCCAAGUCGCUGAAGAAGAUCGUGGAGGAGAGCAGGGAGAAGAACCAACCCGAGGUGGACAUGGUGCGAACCGGGGCAUCUCCAGCAUGCUGGACGUGCCUGGCCUGUGUAGUUACAUUGUCUCAUAUCACACAGCUGGUUCUGAGUCACAACAAGCUUACAUCUGUGCCAGCAAACAUCGCAGACCUGAGAAAUAUAGAAGUGCUCAACUUUUUCAACAACCAGAUUGAGGAGCUGCCUACACAGAUUAGCAGCCUUCAGAAGCUCAAACAUCUGAACCUUGGCAUGAACAGGCUAAACACCUUGCCAAGGGGAUUUGGAUCUUUACCAGCUCUAGAAGUUCUUGACUUGACUUACAACAACUUAAAUGAAAAUUCCCUACCAGGAAACUUCUUCUAUCUAACCACCCUGCGUGCACUCUAUCUAAGUGACAACGAUUUUGAAAUCCUGCCGCCAGAUAUUGGGAAGCUCACAAAGUUGCAGAUACUGAGUCUUAGAGACAAUGACCUGAUAUCACUGCCUAAAGAAAUUGGUGAGCUCACCCAGCUUAAGGAACUGCAUAUCCAGGGAAAUCGUCUUACUGUGCUGCCCCCAGAACUGGGUAAUUUGGAUUUGACUGGUCAAAAGCAAGUCUUCAAAGCAGAGAACAAUCCUUGGGUUACCCCUAUUGCUGACCAGUUCCAGCUUGGAGUAUCUCAUGUUUUUGAAUACAUUCGUUCAGAAACAUAUAAAUAUCUUUAUGGCAGACACAUGCAGGCAAACCCUGAACCUCCAAAGAAGAACAAUGACAAGUCAAAGAAGAUCAGCCGUAAGCCUCUGGCAGCCAAGAACAAAUAAGUGCCUGGCUUCUGCCUCUGUUUUAUAUCUUUUACAUUGCUUUUGCAUGUGCUUAUAAUAUUCCUUCACAUCUCCUGUUGCUUAUAAGAAAGCAGAGACUAGAAUUAAAUGCAAUUUACUAUGUAUACUGCUUUAGAAGGUACUGCUAGAGGGAUACAAAUUUAUAUAUUCUCCUAAUUAUGGUCACAUUUAUGUAGCCAUUUAAUACAUCACUGUCAAACAUAUUUUAGCUUUUCUAUUUAUAUGUAUAUUAAUGUCCUCUCUUCACAUGUGUCACAUACUGUUAAUAUCAGGGGUUUUACACCUAUAUUAUAUGAUAUUAAAUUUCAUAUUAUAUUCCAAUUGAUUUUAAUAAAGUUUUUAAUUUGUA